AUGCAUAUUUUCUUCUCUCUUUCUUUCUUUCUUUCUUUCUUUCUUUUCCUUUUAUCUUCUUUCUGUUUAUCUCCCUUCUCCCCGUUCUUUUACUUUACCUUUUUUUUCUUUUUCUUCUUUCGAUUAUUCUUUUUUUAUCUACGCUAUUUACACUACCAACCUGACCUCCACCAUCAAUGCCAGCUCCCACCCCACAUGACGGUCAAGCCACCAUCAUCGUCUCUGACCACAAUCACCUCCUAUAUGACAUCCAGCACCACUGUCAAAUCCAACACCACCAACAAAACCCCCACCGUUACCAGCAGAAAAAUCUCAUACUUGGAUUUCUUUAUUCCUCUCUUUUUUAUAUCCUUUCUUUUUCUUUCUUUCUUUCUUUCUUUCUUUCUUUCUUUCUUUCUUUAUUUUAUUAAACACUAUCUUUUUUUCGUAAAGCAGAGCGAUACCCCCAAGUGUUUUUCUAUCAAAUAG